AUGAGUUCUGUUGUACUGUACUGGAUGAAGAACCUGGAAGAAUUUCAACGUUCACCAGACACUUUUCUGACAUCCAGAGAGAUCACAGCGCACCACUUUGUUUUGGACAUCCUUCAGGUUCUUUAUCAUGAAAAUCUUCCUGAAAAUGUGAAGCUUCAGAUGUUGUUUCUUCUUCAAGAAAAGGUUUCAAGUCUUUUCCUUGAUUUGAUAAGUGUCGAAUGUGCAGUACAAUCACUGAAGGAAAUGUUUCUUCCUGCACAUAAAGCUAUGCUUGAGCUUUACACAGCCCAGACAUCAAGUAGCUUUUCCCCAAGUAGCAAUGCUUUAAGGGUUAAGAGUUUUGUCUUCUUUUUAUAUCAAUCCAUUUUCAGGGCAGACUCAAAUCCAAGUUCAAGGAGGGAUAUGACUCCUUAUUCCCUGGUUGCUCAGUCAUCUCAGAUUUAUCUCAGUCAGAUUUUGGUUACAGGAACCGUCAUUCUUAUCUCAAAGGAAACUCUGGAAAACAAUCAAGAGGUUUUUGUUGAUUUUGUUGAAGUCCUGACUGAUGUCAUAGAUGUGGUAAACAACCCUUUCAAUCUACUUGUGAGGAGAACUGCUUGUGACUGCCUUUGGGAACUAGAAAUGUCAUAUCCAGGUCUUCUCCAUGCAAAAUUGGAUCAUUUUUAUGCCAAAAGUGCUGCGGAGAAUAGUCCUAUAUUUCAGAGUUACAUGGUCUUGUUUGUAACAGUCUUGCGCCAUGCUAUGGAACUCUUACUACAAGAGUCUGCGAAUAGACUAGAUGACAACUGUGUAAACAGUUUACUUACAAGCCGUACAGAACCUCUGAAGCCACUUUACUUACCCAAAGAUGCUUCAAAGCAGUUUUUACCAGUAACAAUUCAGGCUGGAGCAUUGAGCUCCAGGUCUUUGACUUUACCAGAGAAUGUUGACACCAAGGAAUUGAAAAGAGCAGUUUCCUUCUUGAUGGACAACAUUGGUUUUCUUAACACCACUGGAAUUUUCCAUGUUAUGUUCCAACUCAUGCAAUGCGUGAAACUAGCAGAACUUGCCCCAAAUAUGUUCAAAUCACAGUUUAUUACUUGGGUUUCCACAACUGAUCUUUCUGUUUUUCAUGUUCUGCUUCUCUUAAAGCUUAAAUUUUCAGAUGAUUUAUUCUUGGAAGGCGACGAACUUCUUCUUCUUCACAGAAUGUUGUUGGUGUCGAGUCAGCCCACUCUGGCACAAGGUCAGCGGUUGUUGUGUUUUGAGUGGCUUAUGCACUUUCCCACUGAAGAGGACACCCUAAUUUUACAACCAAUCGUUCCUCACUGCUUGGAUUAUUCACAGUUUCGUUUCUUUUACCCGUCUGUGUUCGAUUCUGUAG